UCCAUUCCCACCAAACUAGCCCUUAUGGAAUAUGCCAAUCUUGCUUGUGGCAAUGGACUACUUUUGGGGCACUCAAAAAUGGAAAUAUGUUGAACUUGCACUCAAUGGCAACGUUGUAGUUGUAUAUAUAGAAUAAGCAUUGUCAUUGCUGGGUCAUAUAUUCUCUUGUGUUUUCAUAGUUGAGAAACAAAGACCAAAUUACAGAGAUAAGCUCAUUUAUAACAAUGGUUGAAUUGAGAGGUUUGUUGGGAUUGUCUCUGUUCUACCUCAUUUUCUUUCUCGGUUUUGCGUUCUUUUUCGACCCUGGGGUCCAAGCCUGGAGCAAAGAGGGUCAUAUAAUGACAUGCAAAAUUGCGCAGGAUCUUUUGGAACCGGAGGCGGCACAUGCUGUUCGGAUGUUGUUACCUGACUAUGUCAAUGGCGACUUGUCAGCCCUCUGUGUAUGGCCUGACCAAAUCCGGCACUGGUACAGAUACCGUUGGACCAGCUCUCUUCAUUUCAUAGACACACCUGAUGAAGCUUGCACUUUUCAAUACAAAAGGGAUUGCCAUGAUCCACAUGGAGUGAAGGAUAUGUGCGUAGCUGGUGCAAUCCAAAAUUUUACCACUCAACUUUCACAUUACCGAGAGGGAACUUCUGAUCGGCGUUAUAAUCUCACUGAGGCUUUGUUAUUCUUGUCACACUUCAUGGGAGAUAUUCAUCAGCCUCUGCAUGUUGGAUUCACGACCGAUGAAGGAGGAAACACCAUAAACUUGCGCUGGUUUAGGCACAAAUCUAAUCUUCACCAUGUGUGGGAUAGAGAAAUCGUUCUCACAGCUGCAGCAGAUUACUAUGGGAAGGACAUGAACAUCCUCCAGGAAGACAUAGUCCACAACUUCACCGACGGAAUCUGGUAUGAUGAUCUUGCAUCAUGGAAGGAAUGCAAUGAUCUUUUUACCUGUGUAAACAAAUAUGCUGAAGAGAGUAUAAAAAUAGCAUGCGAAUGGGGUUACAAAGGCGUUGAAUCUGGUGCAACUUUGGCUGAUGAUUACUUCAAUUCGAGGUUUCCACUCGUGAUGAAACGGAUUGGUCAGGGUGGAGUCCGAUUAGCCAUGAUGCUAAACCGGGUUUUUGGCAACUCUAAUGAAGAUAUGAUGACAGCAACUUGAUUAACCAACUAACAAAAGGACCUAACAAAUGUUUGAUCACAUUCAUUUGUAUAAUAACACCUCCAUUUAACUUGGGAUUAUUUAAUAAAUUAUGUUUGAUGA